CUUAGGAAAAAGUUUAAAAAAAUUGUAAAGGGCAAGUCAUUCGAUGAAAAAAUCUUGUCAAUCUGGAUUGUUACGAUGCCGUCCGCCAAUCUGCACAUCAACGAUUUGCCCGGUGAAGUGUUGCAGCGCAUUUUUUAUUUUGUUCCCCGAACAUCACUUACCAUGGUAUGUCGUCGGUGGAAUCAACUGGCUUUCGAUCCCGUCAUAUUGAGUCACUUGCGUGUGAAGUUUGUACUGAAUGAGACUGACCCGCAGAAGCGGGUAACUAAGUUCACGCGACCCUACAGUGCGUUGGCCGUGACAUGUCACUAUCCUGCCGCUUUCAAUGAGAAGGAAAUCGAGCAAAUACUAGCCACUGUUGAGAUACUUGGACCUUCUCUGAGGCAAUUUAGUUGCGCUGGAUGGAUUUCACCAGCCAGAUUGGUGUUUGCGUUGCUUUCAAAAUUUCCGCACCUUGAGAGGAUUAGACUGGGACCAAGCGUGGAGGUGGUACCAAAUGAUCAGAUACCGGUUUUGAAAAAUUUAACAGAAUUAGAGCUCACUGGUCAGCUGUUCUUUGACGUUAGUCUGCUUGCGCCGAAUUUGCGUAGACUCCGUGCUAACGGCAGCCAAUACAAUCUACCGCAACUUAUUCAGACAACGUCGAUGCAGCAUUUGCACUUAACCUUGGCUCGCUGCAGUAAACCCAUGCGCAUACCUACCAUGCGGUGGAUGACAAGCGUAACCAGCAUCACAGCGGUCGUGCUGUUCGGUCGUCGAAUCCGGCAAGGCAGCCUUGAGCAGCUCUGUAAAUGGUGUCCAAUGUUAACGAAACUACGCUACAAUGCCGCCCGGACCAGCUCGUUGCGAUGCUUGGCCAGUCUGAAGCAUCUUAAGACACUUGGUUUGGAAAAUUAUCAUCACGACUUAAUUGUGGACAAUCGAAGGUCGACUGUCGACGACGAAUUGCCAAGCGUGGAAACGCUUGUGCUGUGUUCUUUACAGACGCUGGAUUGGGACGGUUCGAUGCGGCGUACAUUUCCGAAUGUAACCACGCUCCGAUUGGAUCGGCUAGAUAAUGCAAGCAUCGUGAUUGGUGACGGGUUUCGACAGCUGACCAAACUAGAACUCAGGAUGUAGUGGUCGAUUUGCUGCAGGCACUAGGACCUAGCUUAAGUGAGCUUGUUUUGGAUGAAGUAGAGCUGCUAGAUGUGUAUCUAUUUCCUUUGAAUGUGCUACGACGAUUGACGAUGGUGAGAAGUUCGAUACAAGUGACCAACGACCAAAGGGACAAAUUGUUUCCACGUUUGGAGGUAAUCGAGUUUUCAAGAGCCAGUUUCAAUAUCAUCAAUCUGCAGAAAGAUUGCUUGGCAGAGAAAAUUACCCGUCAUUGCAAUGUGUUUCAGUUUGGUGGUGUUUCAAAAAGAUAAAUAUGCUAAAGAACGUUAGUCCAACAUUUAUUCUACGUCAAAUAUAUCGUUACUGCCAUG